AUGUCGAAUGCCGCGGACGCUCUGCUGGCCUCCCUGCGCUCUCAGGCCCCUGGUGGUCGUAUGAAACUUCUGGCAGGUUCAGCAGGCCUUGCGGCGCUGUUUCUGGUCCUCCAUAAGCUGCUCGUCUCUUCGAACAAACUUUCAGCAAAGGCACCUACGAAAAAGAACCAUUUGGUCGCAAACUUGGACGAGCUUGAUAGUGAAUACGACGUGAUCAUCAUUGGAGGAGGCACAUCUGGCUGUGUGCUUGCUUCAAGGCUGAGCGAAGAUCCAAACAUCAAGGUUCUACUACUUGAAUCUGGAGGCAGCGGUAAGGCUUUGAUCUUCACAAGGAUUCCAUCUGCUUUCGGGCGUCUUUUCCACAACAAGAACUACGACUAUGACAUUAGGACGGAGCCCCAAGUGCAUGCCCAAGGGAAGACAAAGUAUUGGCCUAGAGGCAAGAUGCUUGGUGGAUGUAUGUCAGCGUCGCGUUUGAUGGCUCAAUACGGUGCUCCUGGUGAUUUUGACCAAUGGGCAGAAACUAUAGGCGACGAUUCCUGGUCAUUCAAGAAUUUCGCGAAGUAUUUCCGUAAAUUCGAGCACUUCGUUGCGAACCCGGUGUUUUCGCCUUACACGUCCUUUUCUUCCCCUGACCCCUCCGAAAAGGAAGAGGAAAUUGGAUUAACCGGCCCCGUUGAAGUAGGGUUCUUCAAUUACGUGUCGGAGACGUCCAAAUCCUUCGUUCGCUCGUGUAUCAAUGUAGGAAUACCGUACACUCCAUCGUUCAACGGAGCGAGUGGUACUGCCGGGGUUUCAAGAGUGAUGACAUACAUCGACUCGAACGGUACUCGCGUGUCGUCGGAGUCCGCUUACUUGACCGACGAGGUUUUGUCGCGUCCCAACCUCACAGUAGCCAUUUACGCCCACACAACACGGAUUCUCUUCUCUGAGCCAGAGAAUGGGAAUCCUCGAGCUAUAGGCGUAGAGAUUGCCUCCACCAAAGACAGAGAUGUAGCGGAGCCGAAGAAAUACAAGGUCUUCGCGAAGAACGAAAUUGUUCUAUCGGCUGGCGCGGUGCAUUCGCCUCACAUCUUGAUGCUUUCCGGCAUUGGUCCCUCUGAACACCUUUCGGCACACAAUAUACCCACUGUCGUGGACUUACCUGCCGUCGGCGCAAACCUAGUCGACCAUCCAAUUGUUGACUUCAUCUUCAAGGACAAGAUGGGCGUUUCUCUGAGCUUCUUGAAGCCAGCGAAUGUCAUGGACAGACUGAAGUCUAUGAGAGCUCUGAUCCAGUAUACCAUAUUCAAAAGGGGCCCAUUAUGCAACAAUAUGGGCGAAGCGGCUGCGUUUGUGCGAACUGAUGACCCAUCGCUCUUUCCGAAGGACGACUUCAAAGAAGAGUUGGAAGAUAGCACCCCUAGUAAGGAUAGUCCUGACUUGGAGCUAUUCUGCACUCCCUUGGGGUAUAGGGAACAUGGAGCAUUCAUUUUCGAUGUGCAUACAUACGCUCUGCAUGUGUACUUGUUGAGACCCACGAGCAAGGGGUACAUCAGACUCCUGUCGAAUAAUCCCUUUGAUAAUCCUAGCGUAGACCCAAACUAUCUUCAGACUUCAGCUGACAUCUACAAACUCCUCCGAGGAGCCCGGCUCUGCUUACGACUUGCGCACACCGAACCCCUGUCCUCUUGCUUGACCCAUUCAGAAAGGCGCAGCGAUCUUGACCACUUCCUACAUGAGAAGACAGACGACGAAUUGCUAGAGAUCAUCAGACAAAGAGUCGAGACGGUCUAUCAUCCCGCGUGCAGCUGUCGCAUGGCGAAAAAGGAGGACGGGGGCGUCGUCGAUGCGAAGCUAAGGGUGUAUGGUGUGGAUGGCUUGCGGGUUUGUGAUGCAUCUGCCUUCUCUUAUGUGGUUUCCGGACACACAGCUGGCGCAUGCAUUGCCAUGGCGGAGAAACUAUCUGACGAGAUGAAGGCAGAACUGAAAGCAAAUCUUGAAGAAUUCUAA